CUGUACUCUUCUCCCUCCCGACCUAAACUUUGACAGUCUCGGAACCUUCCAGACCAAACCACACUCUUCUUGUACGUCCUCUAUAUCUCUCCUCACUGUCAACACAUCUUCCUCGCUCUCAUCUUCAUCUCACAACACAACAAUGGCUGAUCACGAUCAAGGCGCCGUGACUCUCUACAGCGGCGCGGCCAUCACCGACGCCGCCGCCGCCAAGAAAAACCACCCCUUCUCCGUCAAAGUCGGCCUAGCUCAAGUCCUCCGCGGCGGCGCAAUCGUCGAGGUCUCCUCCGUAAACCAAGCCAAGAUCGCCGAAUCCGCCGGCGCAUGCGCCGUCCUCGUCUCGGAGCCGGUCAGAUCCCCCGCCGGAGUACAACGCAUGCCGGAUCCGGGCCUCGUCAAAGAAAUCAAACGCGCGGUGUCAGUCCCCGCGAUGGCACGCGCGCGCGUCGGCCAUUUCGUGGAAGCUCAGAUCCUGGAGUCUCUCGCCGUCGACUACAUCGACGAGAGCGAGAUCGUCACCGCGGCGGACGAGGAUAACUUCAUCAACAAGCAUAACUUCCGAUCUCCGUUCGUGUGCGGGUGCCGAGACACCGGGGAGGCGUUGAGGAGGAUCAGGGAAGGCGCGGCGAUGAUUCGGAUCCAAGGAGAUGUGAACGGGACGGGGAACGUCGCGGAGACUGUUAGGAACGUUAGGAGAGUGAUGGGUGACGUUAGGGUUUUGAACAAUAUGGACGACGAUGAGGUUUUCGCGUUUGCGAAGAAGCUGUCUGCGCCGUACGAUCUCGUGGCGCAGACCAAGCAGAUGGGGAGAGUUCCGGUUGUGCAGUUCGCGUCUGGUGGGAUCGCGACUCCGGCUGAUGCGGCGUUGAUGAUGCAGUUGGGGUGUGAUGGGGUUUUUGUGGGGGCUGAGGUUUUUGAGGGGACGGAUCCGUUUAAGAGAGUGAGGAGUAUUGUUCAGGCGGUUCAGCAUUAUAAUGAUCCUCAUGUGUUGGCUGAGAUGAGUUCUGGAUUGGAGAGUGCGAUGGAGAGCUUAAGUGUGAGUGGUGACAGGAUUCAAGGGAGUGUUUGAUGAAACGGUUAGAAUUUGGAAACAUGGUUGGAGUUGAAAAAUUGUAAUUUUAUGUUCUGUCUCUAUAUGUCGUUUGUGUUGAUGCUGGUGCGAAAUGAUGUUUUGGUUUGUUUAAUCGAAGCUUUACAACAUAAUGCUAUGGUUGUAAACCAUAAUGUUUUGUGCGGAUACUCAAUAUGAAUAAUUCUUAUGAGACGAUGGUGAGUCGUCUCUCUGUGUUUCAUGUUUUA